UCAUACAAGUCUGCCCUGCUGCUUAAUUUGGAGAUGUGUCCGGCUGUUGAAAUCAUUGCCAUGCUGCUAUUGGCCAGUUGUUGUAGUGAUUGACAGACAGGAGCACGCCCCCGACCCGACGCUUUAUUGUUACUAAUGAGCAAAUUGUGUGCGUCGCUCUCCUGCGCACAAGUGCUGACAGAUCCGGGCUACAAAUUACAAUUACUCGCUGUAAUGUGUGUCCUGCGCCCCGUGUAGUCCGUGUCAGUCUCACUGCUUCCAGCUCGGAGCGACAAGGGAGGGAAGGAAACGUCUCAAGGAAAUCGAAUCGUCCUGAUCCUGCAAAGAAAGGGGAUGCCAUAGGCACUGCGAGGACUUCUGUGGGAGUCGGGGGAGUAGAGACGGGAUGGCAGAGAAAAGACGAUCGCCUUGUACAAUGAGCUUAAAAGCUCACGCUUUCUCGGUGGAGGCGCUUAUAGGAGCAGAGAAGCAGCAGCAGCAGAAGAAGAAGCGCAAACGAGUUGAAGACGGUGCUGUGGAGAGAGUUGCACCAGCGGAUGGGACGGACGGCGCUUCUUCUCUGCACCUCCAGCAGCCUGGACCCCCGGAGCUGGAGCACUCAGUGUGCAGCAUCCUGACUUCUUCACCGUGUGAAGACACCUAUGGAGUAGUGAAGCCUGGGAAUGGACCUUGUCGUUCUCCCAUCACACCUCCCGCAGUGCCAUCCCAAACAACUCUAGUCCGUGUGGACCUUCAGGGAGCAGAACUGUGGAAACGCUUCCAUGAGAUUGGCACAGAAAUGAUCAUCACCAAGGCCGGGAGGAGGAUGUUUCCAGCCAUGAGAGUGAAAAUCACUGGGCUAGACCCCCACCAACAAUACUACAUUGCCAUGGAUAUACUGCCUGUGGACAAUAAAAGAUACCGCUACGUGUAUCACAGUUCGAAAUGGAUGGUGGCUGGUAAUGCGGAUUCUCCUGUGCCACCUCGUGUUUAUAUACACCCAGACUCCCCAGCCUCAGGGGAAACAUGGAUGAGACAGGUCAUAAGCUUCGACAAACUGAAACUCACCAAUAAUGAACUUGAUGAUCAAGGCCAUAUCAUCCUUCAUUCGAUGCAUAAAUACCAGCCCCGUGUCCAUGUCAUCCGCAAAGACUGUGGAGAAGAACUGUCACCAGUGAAACCCAUUCCUGUUGUGGAAGGGGAGAAGGCUUUCUCAUUCCCAGAAACCAUUUUCACCACUGUGACUGCAUAUCAGAAUCAGCAGAUAACACGACUAAAAAUUGACAGAAAUCCCUUUGCUAAAGGAUUUAGAGACUCAGGACGCAACAGAAUGGGGUUAGAAGCACUUGUUGAAUCAUAUGCAUUUUGGAGACCAUCUCUCAGGACACUGACAUUUGAAGAUAUACCUGGAAUUCCAAAACAAGGAUCUGGACCUGCAAAUAGCCAUGCUCAUAUGUUGCCAGGUUCUCCCUGCUCAUCACCUGCAUUCCAUAUUGGUGCAAACAGUCAGCUUUGUGGCCUGACUCCAGCAGAUUACUCAGCAUGUGGUCGAUCAAGUCUUGCACUUAACAGAUACAGUACAACACUAGCUGAGACAUACAGCAGACUUACAAACUCAACAAGUGAAAGUUUUGCACAAAGGACCCCUUCCUAUGUUGGCAUGUCCAUGAACGGAAAUGACAAUGACACUUUUGGAUGUCCCCAAACAAGUUUAUCAAUGCAGAUUUCAGGAAUGUCUCCACAGCUCCAAUACAUUAUGCCUUCUCCAACAAGUAAUGGCUUUAGUAGCAGCCAACCACACCAAAGCUCUUACAAUGCAUUCAGAUUACACAGUCCAUGUGCUUUGUAUGGGUACAACUUCUCCACAUCGCCUAAACUGGCCUCUAGCCCUGAAAGAGUUCUCUCUUCACAAGGAAGUUUUUUAGGUUCUUCUCCAAGUGGUACCAUGACUGAUCGACAGAUUCUCCCACCUGUGGAAGGUGUACACCUCCUAAGCAGUGCUGGACAACAACAUUUCUUUGACUCUAGAAGUCUUGGAGGUUUAACUCUUCCCUCUUCUCAAGUAUCUGCACAUAUGGUUUAAUGGAAUGCACAUUAGGAAUGUGUCUCCUCCCUUACAAGAACUUGUCUUUCUAUCAUUUAGUAUGUAUAUAUUUUAUAACAAAAUGCACUAAACUUCUCUUUAUUAACUAUG